AUGCCAGGAGACAGACAAGACAAAGAUGAACUCAUAGGUAAGCAGCUGCCUUCAACCCAAAACAACAACAACAACACUGACUUCAAGCAAGAUUUCAUUAAUCUUGUAGUGCAACGACUUGGUAACCUAAAGGAGGAAGUUGAGAAAGCUGUGAAGAGUUACAAAGAAGUUCAACGGAUGCUAAACAGCGGGGGGGAAACAGUCCAAAAACAGCCUGGGGCUCUCUUACCAACGGCGGCCCAGGACACUUGUAACACGCUAAUAAAUACAAUGGUUGACUCGAUGAGUCAUUUGGAGGGUAUUGCUCAUGUGCUGGUUAACGGACUGGAAUAG